CGGGGCAUAAAUAGUCGCGGCCGAGCGGAGAGGACAGGAGGCGUCCUGGCCGCGGACUCGCCCGGACCGACCCGACCCGACCCCCGCGACGCCUGCAAGCCUGCCGCCCACAUUUGCUAUGCGGGGCGCCCUUGAGGCUCUGUGGCUGCUCCUGUGCCUGCGCGCUGCACUCUUCGGGGAGCAGGUGACGGAGGUGCGCUGGUGCACCAUCUCCGAUGCGGAGCAGCUGAAGUGUGAGAACAUGAGCAAGGCCUUCCGGGAAGCGCGCAUCCAGCCCUUCAUUGCCUGCGUCCAGGGCACCUCAGGCCUGCACUGCAUGCAGCUCAUCUCGGCCCGGAAGGCCGACGCCAUCACCCUGGAUGGAGAAGCCAUUUACGAAGCGGGGAGGGAGCACGGCCUGAAGCCUGUGGUGGGCGAGCUGUACGACGGCGAGGUUGGGACCUCCUAUUAUGCUGUGGCUGUGGUCCGGAAGAACUCCUCUAUAACCAUCAACACCCUGAAGGGCGUGAAAUCCUGCCACACGGGCCUCCAGCGGACAGCGGGCUGGAACGUGCCCGUGGGCUUCCUGGUGGAGACCGGCCGCCUCUCAGUGAUGGGCUGUGACGUGCUCACAGCUGUCAGUGAGUUUUUUGGGGGCAGCUGCGUCCCUGGUGCAGGAGAGACCAACCACUCGCUGUCCCUCUGCCGUGCCUGCAGGGGUGAUGGCUCUGGGAAGCGGGUGUGUGACAACAGCCCCCUGGAGAGAUACUACGGCUACAGCGGGGCCUUCCGGUGCCUGGCAGAAGGGGCGGGGGACGUGGCCUUCGUGAGGCACGGCACAGUGCUGGAGAACACGGACGGGAAAACCCUGCCCUCCUGGGGCAAGGCUCUGCUGUCACAGGACUUCGAGCUGCUGUGUAGGAACGGUAGACGCGCCAGCGUCACUGAGUGGCGGCGAUGCCACCUGGCCCGGGUCCCCGCGCAGGCCGUGGUGGUCCGGGCCGACAUGGACGGGAAACUCAUCUUCCGACUGCUCGGUGAGGGCCAGCUGCUGUUCAACCAGAAGGGCAGCACCUUCCAGAUGUUCAGCUCGGAGAGCUACGGCCAGAAGGACCUGCUGUUCAAGGACGCCACCGUGGAGCUGGUGCCCAUUGCUACUCAGACCUAUGAGGCAUGGCUGGGCCAUGACUACCUGCAUGCCAUGAGGGGCCUGUUCUGUGACCCCAACCAGCUACCCCACCUCCUGCGCUGGUGUGUGCUGUCCACGCCCGAGUUCCGGAAGUGUGGCGACAUGGCAAUGGCCUUCAACCAGCAGAAGCUCAAGCCGGAGAUCCAGUGCGUGUGGGCCGACUCCCCGCUGCAGUGCAUGAGGCAGAUCCAGGCUGGGCACAUUGAUGCGGUGACCCUGAAGGGUGAAGACAUCUAUAGGGCAGGGAAGAUGUUCGGGCUGGUCCCAGCAGCCGGGGAGUCCUAUGCCGAGAACAGUAGCAUCUCGUACUAUGCGGUGGCCCUGGUGAGGCGGGACAGCUCCUCGGCCUUCACCCUGAACGAGCUGCGGGGCAAGCGCUCCUGCCAUUCCAGUGUGGACAGCCUUGCCGGCUGGACCGUGCCCGUGGGCGCCCUCACCCACAGGGGCUCCAUCCAGCCCCGGGACUGCAACGUGAUCAGAGGGGUGAGCGAGUUCUUCAAUGGCAGCUGCGUGCCCGGGAGCGAGGCCAGGAAAUACCCGCCCUCGCUGUGCGCAGUCUGCGUGGGGGAUGAAAAGGGCCGGAACAAGUGUGUGGCCAACAGCCAGGAGAGGUACUUCAGCGACAGCGGGGCCUUCAGGUGCCUGGUGGAAAAGGCGGGGGACGUCGCCUUCGUGAAGCACACUACCGUCUUUGACAACACGAACGCUGAACAGACCCCUGGGUCUUCCCAGCAAAGGUUCUGGAGACCCCGUCCACACUUCUUCCCCGCCACACUGUCCCCAGGCCACGCUGCUGAGCCCUGGGCGGCCGAGCUGAGGCAGCAGGACUACCAGCUGCUGUGCCCCAACGGGGCACGCGCGGAGGUGCACCAGUUCCAAGCCUGCAGCCUGGCCAAGAUCCCGGCCCACGCGGUCAUGGUGCGGCCGGACACCAACGCCUUCAGUGUGUACGGGCUCCUGGACAAGGCGCAGGAGCUGUAUGGAGAUGACGACAACAAGAACGGGUUCCAGAUGUUCGACUCCUACAAAUACCGUGGCCAAGACCUGCUUUUCCAGGACAUUACGGUGCAGCUGGUGCCUGUGGCAGAGAAGAGCACCUACCUCGCGUGGCUGGGGCCUGACUACGUGAGCGCCAUGGACGGGAUCCUGACGCCGCCGUGCUCGGGGCCAGUCACUGUCCCCCGGGUUUCCCGGCUGCUUCUGCUGCUCCUCACCGCUGGCCUCGUCCUCCCGAGCACCCUCUGAGAGCAGCCCCGGCCAGCCCGCCUCCCGGGACUGCACCAGAGGCCAGGAGUAGCCCUGAGAAGGGUGAUGGAGAGGACGGCGGGGCCCCCUCGCAGCCCUGCGUCCACCGAGAGGAAUGCUACAGCCACGUCGCCCACGGGAGCCCGCAGCUCUGGCCCGCAGCCCAGUCACACCCCAGCUGGCUCGGCGCCCCAGCCUGCAGCCUCCCACCCACAGCCUCCUGCGCCCGUUGCUGGGGAGACGGCGGGGUGGCCUCCCACGGCCCCUCGGCUACACAGCACCUCGGGGGUGCGAACGCCACCAGCCGCAGGCUCUGCACCCCUGGCUCACUGUCCUCAGGGCCCCAGGGCCCACCUCCCUCCUGAGGACGCUGUGAUAACAAAGGUCCCUACAAGGCUGCAGCCAGGUCCCAGAGGGGCGCGGUGACACCCCUCAGCCCUGGACAGUAGCGCCCAGCCAGAGCCAUGUGUGAGGACACAGCCCCACAGGGACCUCUGCAAAAAGAAGUUUCUAAGCGAAGGUCUUGAUGCCAGGCUGGGGACUGUGACCCUGCCUGCUGCCUAAGCCUGAAUGUGGGAGGCACAGGCCUUGGGCGCCCUGCCACGUCCUCUGGGGUGCAGUUCCCCGCCUGGGCUCAGCAGAUUAUCUUCUCCCCCGGCCCCACGGUGGCACCCCACUGCCUCAGCCUACUCCUGGACACCGUCACCGCAUGGUCUCCAGACCGAAGGAGCAGGAGACAAUGGCCCAGGCCUCACCCAGAGGCCCCCCGAGAGGCUGGGCAGAGGAACCAAGGCCUGGAGACUGGGUGCUGGGGUGAAGCCCGGCUCCUUCCCCAGCCGCCCACACCUCCUGUGUCCAAAGGGAGGGUCCCCCGCCCCCCGCCCCUGCCGGGGAGAGCCAGCGCCGAGGCCUGUCCCCUGUGCAUCUUGCCGUUGAUCUCUGAGGAGCCAGCAAAAGUUUCCCAGAACUGCCAGCUCUUAUUCUGAAUUUUGCUCCCUUGAAAAAAAUAAAUAAAAAGAAAGAGAAGAAACAGGAA